UUGCCAACUGAGCCUGUCCUACAGAGAGUAAAAUCUCUGCUACUCCUCACUGUGAACCCUCACGGAUUACUCUCUCCCUGGUCUGGGUUUUCUGUGCCGAAGUAGCUGCUGUUUGAUAGGAGUUUUCUACACCAGACUCUGUGCUACACUGUAGCUGAGGAUAUUAAUUUGGGGUUUACGCGCGAAACCGAGAAAAUGACUCAUUUUAAUAAGGGGCCAGCCUAUGGAUUAUCUGCAGAAGUGAGAAGCAAAAUUGCUCAGAAAUAUGAUCCACAAAAGGAGGAGGAGCUCCGCUUCUGGAUCGAGGAAGUAACAGGAAUGUCUAUUGGAGAGAACUUCCAGAAAGGGUUGAAGGAUGGAGUCAUUCUCUGCGAACUGAUUAAUAAGCUGCAACCUGAUUCAGUAAAGAAGAUCAACCUUUCACAGUUGAACUGGCACAAGCUGGAAAACCUUGGGAAUUUCAUCAAAGCUAUCCUGGCCUAUGGUCUAAAGCCCAAUGACAUCUUUGAGGCCAAUGACCUAUUUGAAAAUGGGAACAUGACUCAAGUCCAGACCACACUGCUCGCACUGGCCAGCAUGGCAAAGACCAAAGGUAUGGACACAAAGAUUGAUAUUGGGGUGAAGUAUGCAGAUAAACAAGCUCGACAUUUUGACGAUGAGAAGAUCAAGGCCGGUCAGUGUGUCAUUGGACUGCAGAUGGGAACUAACAAGUGUGCAAGUCAGGCUGGAAUGACUGCUUAUGGAACCAGAAGACAUCUGUAUGAUCCAAAGACUCAAACUGACAAACCCUACGACCAGACCACCAUCAGCCUGCAGAUGGGAACCAACAAAGGAGCUAGCCAGGCGGGCAUGCCAGCCCCUGGUACCCGAAGAGACAUCUUUGACCAGAAGGUGGCGCAACAGCCGCUGGACAAUUCCACCAUCUCCCUCCAGAUGGGGACCAACAAGGUGGCGUCUCAGAGAGGCAUGAGUGUGUAUGGCCUGGGCAGACAGGUCUAUGACCCCAAGUACUGCGCCCCCCCGACAGAGCCGGUCAUCCACACUAAUGGCAGCCAGGGCACCGGCACCAACGGUUCUGAGAUCAGCGACAGUGACUAUCAGGCCGAGUUCCAGGACGAUGAGUACCAUGGAGGUUACCAUGACAACUACAGCUCCCAUUACAACGACCAGGGCAUUGACUAUUAGUGGUGACCUCCACCUACAGAGCAGUAUUAACAAGUGUAUUUUAUCUACACAACAGAGCAAGUCUUUUGCUAUCCUCACUAGUCUUUUUAUUCUCUUGAAGCAUAAAAUGAAAUGUUGCCUUGAGUGCUUUCCUUCUUCACCUAGACUCUUUUGUCUGAGCAGCAAAGGUUGUAAGAAGCUGUAGUAGCAUAGAAUAAUGAGAUACAGUGAUGAACAUGUUUUUUUUAAACUAAAGAGUGUUCUUUUUAAUGCCCACUUUUUAAAAGAUGUCUUAAUGAUGGAAUAAUGAAGUAGUGAUUACUUUUUUGAUGGAUGGCGUAGCAUCAGUUGAAGCUGCUGCAUUCCAAUGUUUUUAUUCAUGGACUGAAACUUUGCUGAUCCACAUGAAAGGAAUUCCCAUGUGUAGUCCUCAACAAUUGGCUGAUGUAUGUGCCUUCUGCCCCCUUGUUGUUCUGUCUGUAGCCAGCCUCAGUUUGUGAUACUGGUGUUCCUUUUUUUUUUUAAACCACAUUUAAUCACUAGGUAGUGUUUUCUUUUUUUAUUUUCUGAUAAUGGUGAACAUGUAAAUCCUGAUGGCUGUCAGAUAAGUGCAGAUGACCAAACCCAAACUGACUCUAUUUUACAGCUAGACUUCCACAUGCCAUCACAUGACCUAUAUUUUCAUAAAAUUCCCCUUGUAUUCCCAAACUGUAUUUAUUGUGAUGACUCUCAUUGCAAAACAGUCCACUGUUAUAUGGUUCAUAAAGAAAAUCAUAUGUUAUAAAUAAAACCUUAAAUUCUUCAAUUCUGA